CCAGAAGAUGGCGGAAUGAAAAAUAUUGAUAUUUUAGUUUCUGCAUCCUGUCUUAGGCUUCCUGCAGUAAAUGUAGUCUUCUACUCCUCAUCUUCGCCAUGCAAGAACAGCGAUGAGUACUCGAGUCACACCAAAUUUUUGGACAUUAAGCAAAUUUGAACGGAUUGAUACUUUUCUAGGUGCGUACUUCUAGCAGAUCAAGAGGAGCAAAAUAAUCACCAUGAGUGUUGUUUCACGAGAAGACGUGGAACAUUCCGCCAGGGUCAGGGUGGACAGCAAUAACCUGAAUCUAGAGGCACUCUUCGGCGAGGUGUUUAGUUCCUCUGCUCGCAAUGUUGCGACGAAAUCGUCCAGUUCUAGUAGAACACGAGGCGGUCUGGACCCAGUAGUUUCUAGCGGCCACUUGAAUUGGGACAUCGACGUAGGAGAAAUUGGAGAUGGGCUCUAUUUCGAGCAAGACACGCCGGUUGACCUUGGUGCGGCCCCAGGCGUCUCGCGAUUACAGCCCGUGACAUUGAGUCAUGCGACUACACCUGCAGCAAGUUUGUCCCAUAGGACGCGGCAGCAGCAAACAAGCGAACUCGCGGCCUCAGGGUCGUUUCCUUCAAAGACUGAAAAGCAGAUUGAGAAGGCGAAAAAAGCGGCGGCGCAUGUGAUGAAAAUCGAUUGCGUUCCUGAUCACGGCGUCAUUGGAAGUCUCUUGGCGAAAUUUGGCGGUCCGGAUCCAAAAACUAUUUUCUCAUCAAAAACAUUGACUCCUUCAUCAGGUCGUGCCAUUGUCGACGAGGACCUGAAGAGGCCCAGUUCUAGUGCUGGUGAGACAUCAUCUUCCACUUCUAUAACUGCAAGAACUACAACAGGUGGAAUCCUCUCACGCGCUAGCGGUUCCCUAGCACCGGUGGCAGGGUCCUUUGCGGAGAGAAAGCAGCAGAAGCGGGCUCAGGCACAUGCGCGCAGCCUUGUGCGGAAUGGGUUGCCGAAACAGGAGCUCACGCCAGAGCUGGAGAAGGAGCUCAAGUUCUUGCAGCUACGUGCUUAUGCAGACCCAACAAGGUUUUACAAAGGAAACGACACCAAGGAGCUGCCGACGCACUUUCAUAUGGGCGUGGAGGUUACCGGCGACCGCGAAAUGCCGGCCGUGCGCAUGGAUGGCAAAGCCACUGUCACCCUUGGCGACGGACACGACUUGCGCAAGAAAAAGAGAAAGGUACCACUUUGGAGCACUUUAUCCUGCUACUAUUUGUAUCGUAAGAAUUCCCUACGAGCGCAUAAUACGUCAACGUGCGAAUUACUGAAACAUGUAGCUUUUAGUAAAUCCACAGUCUUGUAACCCUAGUAUUCCGAUACUACAGACAAAAAAAGAUAUGCUCACCGAAAAUAUAUAUUUGCUUCAACUGUCGUCCUAAUGACCACACCCUCCGCAGGGCCAAUCAUUUAUGGCAGAGAUGCUGAAGGAUCAACGGGUCCAAGAGUGGAACGACAAGCGGUACAAGGAGAUUGGUGCCUACGGCCAAGAAGGAAGCAUCGUGAAGAAAGCGAACACGAAGAAAAAGGGCGCACACAAGAAUGCCUGGAAAAAAAAGAAGAAGUAAGCUCCAUGAUGUGCUUGUCUAUGAGAGUGAGAAAAAUACAACAAGACAUCGUUGUAUCAUGCCCACAAAACCCACACAUCACUUCUACGUGAAAUAUUCACACGACCUCCACCAAAAUGCAACACUUUCACUCAAUGUAAUUGCUCAACGACAAAAAUGUCUCUAUAUUAUAUAAAUAUAUAAACAUAACCGUGAACUAAGAAGACGCAGAGCAUUCAUGUUCAUUGCGAACCUCCAAGUCGGAUUCCAAGAAAUACGUCAAACUUUUGCUGGCGUCCUGAGUGAGAUUCUUCAUCAUGGGCUGGCGACUUCCGUGAGCAGCUGCGUUUUUCCCAAUGUACGUGACUAUUUUGGCUCAAGGUUCGUCCCUGAUGCCUGUAUCCAACAUAACAGUGAGACCCAACCGCAAGAAG